AUGUUUAGAGCACUCAGCACCAGAAAAGGUCUUCGAGGAGGAUAUGCCCAAUUGAUCAGCGAAUGCGAGUCCACCGUCGACCAUUUCGUAUCAUCCGAUGCUAAGAUGAUCAGAUCCACCACUUUGCCUGCCAAUUUCUACGGUGAUUCGCCGGUGAAGCUUGUGUGGCAACCCAAAAUUCCGGUGAAGGUAGAUGUGAUAGAAAAGCAAGUGAAGAAGGUGAGCAAGGUUCAUCCAUUGUUCAGCUUAUUYGAGAGGAGGAGCCGGAAGAAGAAGGCGACGGCUAAACCAGAGUUCUCAAGGUAUAUGCAAUACCUGAAGGAAGGAGGAUUUUGGGAUUCCAAUUCAUCUAAACCGGUUAUCUACUAA